GGGACACACCCGGAAGCGGCGACAGCGGCGCCCCUCGGGGAAGAUGGCGCCCUCGGGGCUGAAGGCGGUGGUGGGGGAAAAAAUUCUGAGCGGAGUUAUUCGGAGUGUCAAGAAGGAUGGGGAGUGGAAGGUGCUUAUCAUGGAUCACCCAAGCAUGCGCAUCUUGUCUUCCUGCUGCAAAAUGUCAGACAUCCUGGCUGAGGGCAUCACCAUUGUUGAAGACAUCAACAAACGGCGAGAACCCAUUCCCAGCCUGGAGGCCAUUUAUUUGCUGAGCCCAACGGAGAAGACAAUGAACCUGGGUGUGCAAGCUCAGGCCCAGAGAGUGACCCACCUUCCCCAGUCGGUUCAGGCCCUGAUCGCAGACUUCCGGGGGACCCCGACCUUCACCUACAAAGCGGCCCAUAUCUUCUUCACCGACACCUGCCCCGAGCCCCUGUUCAGUGAGCUGGGCCGCUCUCGUCUGGCAAAGGUGGUGAAGACAUUGAAGGAGAUUCACCUUGCCUUCCUCCCCUACGAGGCCCAGGUGUUCUCCCUUGAUGCCCCCCAUAGCACCUACAACCUCUACUGCCCCUUCCGGGCAGGGGAGCGUGUGCGACAGCUCGAGGUGCUGGCCCAGCAGAUUGCCACGCUGUGCGCCACACUGCAGGAGUACCCGGCCAUCCGCUACCGCAAGGGCCCAGAGGACACAGCCCAGUUGGCCCAUGCCGUCCUGGCCAAGCUGAACACCUUCAAGGCAGACACUCCCAGUCUGGGCGAGGGCCCAGAGAAAACCCGCUCCCAGCUGCUGAUCAUGGACCGGGCGGCUGACCCCGUGUCCCCACUACUGCAUGAGCUCACGUUCCAGGCCAUGGCCUAUGAUCUGCUGGACAUAGAGCAGGACACAUACAGAUAUGAGACCACCGGGCUGAGCGAGGCGCGGGAGAAGGCCGUCCUGCUGGACGAAGACGAUGACUUGUGGGUGGAGCUUCGCCACAUGCACAUCGCAGACGUGUCCAAGAAGGUCACGGAGCUCCUGAGGACCUUCUGUGAGAGCAAGAGGCUGACCACGGACAAGGCCAACAUCAAAGACCUGUCCCAGAUCCUGAAAAAGAUGCCGCAGUACCAGAAGGAGCUGAAUAAGUAUUCUACGCACCUGCAUCUAGCAGAUGAUUGCAUGAAGCACUUCAAGGGCUCGGUGGAGAAGCUGUGUAGUGUGGAGCAGGACCUGGCCAUGGGCUCCGACGUGGAGGGGGAAAAGAUCAAGGACUCCAUGAAGCUGAUCGUGCCGGUGUUGCUGGACGCGGCGGUGCCUGCCUACGACAAGAUCCGGGUCCUGCUGCUCUACAUCCUCCUUCGCAAUGGUGUGAGUGAGGAGAACCUGGCCAAGCUGAUCCAGCAUGCCAAUGUACAGGCGCACAGCAGCCUCAUCCGCAACCUGGAGCAGCUGGGAGGCACUGUCACCAACCCUGGGGGCUCAGGGACCUCCAGCCGGCUGGAGCCGAGAGAGCGCAUGGAGCCCACCUAUCAGCUGUCCCGCUGGACCCCGGUCAUCAAGGACGUAAUGGAGGACGCCGUGGAGGACCGGCUGGACAGGAACGUGUGGCCCUUCGUAUCCGACCCCGCCCCCACGGCCAGCUCCCAGGCCGCCGUCAGUGCCCGCUUCGGUCACUGGCACAAGAACAAGGCCGGCGUAGAGGCCCGGGCGGGCCCCCGGCUCAUCGUGUACAUCAUGGGCGGUGUGGCCAUGUCGGAGAUGAGGGCCGCCUACGAGGUGACCAGGGCCACCGAGGGCAAGUGGGAGGUGCUCAUUGGCUCUUCACACAUCCUCACCCCGACCCGCUUCCUGGAUGACCUGAAGACGCUGGACCAGAAGCUGGAGGACAUUGCCCUGCCCUGACCCCUGGACCUGCCCCCUACCCCUCCCUUUCCAGAGAAAUAAACUAUUCCCAUCUCUCUGCCA